AUGGGGCCUUGGUUCCGCGCUGGAGCGAGCCGAGGGAGCCCACCCUUGGUGAGCCCUGGGGACACGGUGGAGCUGGAGGUCUUCGAUGACGCUGGCAACCCCCAGGGCUCUAUCCUCUUGGGCAUCCACAGUGUCAAGGCUGGGCACAACCAAGGACGGCUGGUGGAAGCUACGUUUCUGGGAGCUUCGGACGUUUACUUCCAUUGGUGGAUGAACGAAGAAGAAGGGUCACCACCCAAAGACAAGGGUGAGUAUCACUUGUGCGGGGUGCCGGUUAAGGAGUGCCCUGAGGACAAAAGUCGCCCCACCAUGGUGCAUGGAGAGCGCUACCGGGUCCUUGGCCGCGACAUUUUGGGGCCAAAGCAGGUCCCUUGGUUGAAGGACCGCCACAUCUAUGACGGGUACAUGCUGGCUCGUGGUAAGUUUGAGGCUCUACGAGGGCAAGCUGGAGUCAUAAAGAAGCCUGCUGGCGCCCCCCGCACUGAGGCCACCGCACACUGGGGGCCUGAAGAUAAGGAGACCAGUGACGAAGAAGCAGCGGGCUCAGGAGCCGAUGAUUCCGAGAGUUCAAGUGAUGACGAGGACAUGAAGUCGCGCAUCAAACAACUUCGUGCUGAGCUCAAGAAGGCUGAGGGUGACGCUGCUGACCGGCGCAAGAAGCGUCGAGAAACCAAGAGGGUCACCCGUGGCAAGGCUGCGGAGGCAGGAAAAUCUAAGAAGCAGGAUAAGAAGAAGAACAAAAAGAAGGAAGCUGCUGACAGCGAUCAUGACGUUGGUGACCGGUCUAAGGCGGACCCACCAAAAAAGAAGAAGAAGAAACGCAAAGACAAGGCCACUGGGUCGAAACGCAAGAAGAAGGGAUCCAGUGGUUCUGGGAGCAGUGAUGAUAAGCCCAAGGGCAAAAAGAAGAAGCGUAAAAGUCACCCGGAGGAGUCCGGAGAUAGUUCCAGUGAAGAGACAGCCGACGAGCUCUUCCAGGCCAAGCCUCGAGCGGCUGUGAAGGAGAAGACAGGAGAUCAAGACAGAGGUCCCUUUGGAGGUGGGCCACCUGUGGACUUUGGUGACGAGGACGAUGACUCUUCUGAAGAGGGUUCAGUUUUUCAGAAAGGCCUCUCCGCGACCAUGAAAAGCAGCCAGCAAAAGUUGCUGGCGUACACCAACAAGUUUCCCGGACGACUGGCGUGCAGGAUGUUGAUGAAGAUGGAACAAGCCUGCGCCAGGGGAGCGGAGGGGCCGAACAGCUCAGUGAGAAACAAGACACCGGUGGUCGCCAUGAAUCACGUGCUGACCAUCUUGAUACCAAGCUUGGGGGCCAAGGUGGGGCUCCGAUCAACGCGGGAGCUCAAGACGCUUGGGCGCAUCCUGGACCUGUUAGCAGGAGGCUGCCCAUCCAAAGCCGCGGACGUAGUAGCCCAGCGGAUCAAGGCGGUGGAAAGGGCUACACACGAGUCCCACUGGGGGGCGGCGCAAUUCCUGGAGCUUCUCCCCCCAGAAAACUCGAUGUUGUUGGAGAAGGACGAAGAGAUGUUCGUCACAAAGGAGUGGCUGCUGGAACAAAAGCUUCGCAGCUACGAUCGUCGCGGUCCCGGCCGAGACGGCGAAGGAAAAGGGAAGGCCAAGGGCGCAAAAGGAAAGAACAAGGACAAGGACAAGUCCGAUCGGCCAGCAUGGGAAAAGAACGACAAAGGCGGGAAGAAGCAGGAGGAGUGGGGCAAACCUUUGCAAGACUUCAUGGAAGAGAAGCGGACGCCGGUGGAGCUGAUGGCAUGGGUCCGCGAUCUGAUACCAUUGGGGCCUCCAGUUUUGUCACCAGCCCAAGAGCUGAUGGUCACCCGUCUCCACGAGGCGGUGAAGCGGUUUGAGGCCAAAGGUGGGCUCAUGGAACCGUUUGCGAAAUGCAAGCAGGCGGUUGGGAGUGUCCGCUUCGACUAUGGCGGUGAGCCCAUACAAUACAUGGAGGUGCUGGUGGCGGAAAAAGUCAUCCCUUGUUGGCCUCAACCAGGCGAGGCUGCAGUGCAAGACGCCCUGGACUUUGUGCCACCGGAAGUUGCUGAAUGGCUGAGCAAUCCCCGGGCUUGUUUGCUGCCCCAGGGAGCCUGGCCUGAGAAACCGCCCAUUAGUAGGGUGAGAGCCUCGGAUGCUGAGUGGGACGCUAUUGUUCGAGCCGGUGUGGCCCGAGGAAUGAUGGCUGAGGUCCCUGAGUCAAAGCUUUUCCGGGAUCACAAUGGUCACCCAGUCCUGAAUGGGGCUGGAGGAGUCAGGAAGGUUAAGCAGGUUGGUGGAGAAGAGAAGCUGUUGCAGCGCUUCAUAUCGAUUCUGGUUCCAUCAAACACCUACCAGCUGCAUAUGCCUGGGCAUGACUGCCACUUGCCCUAUCUGGGACAAAUGGCCAUGAUGCAGGUCGACGAGGAUGAGGAGGUCCUGAUCGAUAGCGAAGACCUGACAAGUUGCUUCAACUUGUUCAGACUCCCUGAUGAGUGGUUGGGCUAUAGUGCCUUUGCAAAGCAAGUCAGUGGAGCGGUCUUUGGCCGGGCUGAGUCUGAGCGCGCCUUCGUGGGCAUGCGGGUUGUUCCAAUGGGCUGGAUCAACAGCGUAGCCCUGAUGCAGACCGUGGUGCGUACCCUGGUCUUCAGCAUGAGUGGUAUCCCGGAGGCGUCGGAAGUCUCGAAGUUGAAGUGGUUUCCCGCGGACGAUUCUGUGUCCGUGGUGUACCUGGACAGCUACGACGAGCUUCGCAAGGUGAAGGCUGGGUGUCGUGCUGUCCUGGAAGGGAGCCCAUCGCAUCGACACCAGCGGUUUGUGAACACCUGCAAUGGCUUGAACCUUCCACUCAACGAAGGAAAACGUUUGGUUGGCGCAGUACAAGGCAGUCUACAAGGGGGUGACAUCGAUGGAAUCACUGGCACCUUUGAAGCGUCGCAUGACAAAAAGGUGAGCAUCCUGGAGUUGGGUGCCGCGCUGUUGGGGUCAGGCAAGACCUCGGAGUUUGAACUGCGCCACUUCGUGGGUAAGGUCAUUUUUGCCAUGGCCUUCCGGCGCCCUUCCAUGUCGAUCCUGGAGAAGAUUUUUGUGGACAUUGGACGGGCCAUGAAAGGGCCUAUCACCCUCUCGCGGCAAGCCGUGGAUGAGGUGUACAUGUCGAUGGCCCUUCUCCCGGUCUUGUUCAUGAACCUACGGGCGGUGUUUGACCGGGAAGUCACAAUCACUGACGCUUCCCCGACGGGUGGAGGAGCCGGCGUGGCUCGGCAGUUCAAGAGGCCCCCAGACACCAUCAGACCGCAUGGGCGACGCUGUGAGCAAUGUGAGCGUGACCUGGAGGACUCACGGAUUUACCCCUGUCCAGCAGGGUGCUGCGCCAUCUUGUGCUGCCUCAAGUGCAUCGAUCAACAUCGAGGUGGUGACUGCCGACGGAAGCUGUACGCUGUGCCCAAGUUUGGCGAGCGCUUCUCUGGCCCGAAUGCGCCGCUGUCCCACGCAGUGGCGCGGACUGGAGGGAUCGAGGUGCAGCCCCCCUUUGACCUUCUGCGAGGAGAUGAUUUCUUCUCUGAAGAGGGAAAGCAGAAGCUUGCUGAACUCGAAGGAAGGCCGGUGGUUUUGGAGGAUGGGACAACAGUUCCUGGACCGCAGCCGGUGCGUGAUGCCCACCAUGUGAUGGGCUUCCCCUGGGUAUCAACCCAGACGAAGAUCGAUUUGCGGAAGUCCAACAGCAUGGCCUUGAGAGGCCUGCGGAGGGCACAUGGUCCCUUUGGCGAGCGGCGCUACCUGACGGUGGAGCAUCCUUACAACAGCUGGCUGUGGUGGUUUUCUCUGGUUGAAGAGCUGACCCGAGGAGAGUUCACCUACGCCGUCGGGUCCAACUGCUGUUGGGGCGGCGAAAGAGAGAAGUGGUACGCCCUUUUGAACAACUCACCGGAGAUUCAAGCCGAGCUCCACCGCCCAAACUGCCCCGGGCAUGAGGGGCUGCGCGGUUAUGGUGCUGAGCGCCAAGCUGAUGGAAGCCUCCGGUUUGCCACCGCAGAUGAGGCCGAGUACAAGGUUGAGUGGUGCAAUGCCUAUGCCAGGGGCUUGAGGCGCCAGGUGGACACUUGGAUCCAACGGUCGCUGCUGGACGGAAGAUGCAGGGUGCUGAAGCAAGAGUUAGAGAAGUCCACAUCGCGCUUGAGCGUCCCGGCAGUCGCCAACAUGGUCGCCAACGAGUUGGUCACCCUGGAGGUCAACAUGGUGCCAGGGCAUGAGGCCAUUCACCUGCGUGAGAUGGCGCAGAGAUUGAGUAUACGGGGCUCCGAUUUGAGGCUCCAUCUGGGCGACGAGAACCUCGAAGUCCCGUACCCUGCUUACAGAUGGUACUGGGAGGAGGUGAUGAGUUAUGCCUGGAAAGAAGAAAGGCAUAUGAAUGAAGGUGAAGUAGCAGCGUUCAACAUCAUGCUGAAGAGGAGGGCCAAGGACCCGUCGAAGCAUGAAAUGAGGUAUAUGGCGGUGGUCGACAGCCUCGUCACCAGAGGGGCUGUCAGCAAAGGGCGCAGUCCCUCGAAAGGACUGAACAGGCUCCUCAAGCAGACCGCGGCCUUUACAUUGGGCUCCGACCAAUACCCCUUGCCGGCUUGGACAAUUUCAAGGUUACCCCUCCGCUCACAGAAGCAGCUUGACUUUGCGGUGGGUGAAUACAUCAAUGCCCUUUUCCAGGUCCUCGUUUUUGAGGACAAAUUCGUGCAUGCUUUGGCUGUUACCGUGCUGUCGGCACGUGCCCCCCGGGACUUCCUUUGGCCAUCUUCUCCCGGGCAAUUCCGUCUCUUUUGGUAUGCGAAGUGGACCUUAAAAGGGGUCUCACUACUCAAGCGUCUUCGACAGGUGGUCAAGAGCUUGCCCGAGAUUCAACGGGAAAAGCGCGGUCUGGCGCAGGAUGAGAGUCUCCGCCCAGCCGAAAAGCUGAAGGAGAAGGAUUUGGAUAUAUCAGCGCUGCUCUCCAUGGAUGGUGGCCACCGAGGGAAGUCGAACCCGUUGUUCAAGAUGCUCAUGAACAAAGGGUCAGGGGACGUGUUCCAUCCCAAGACAUCGGUGAACGCCGACAAAUGGUGUAAGAGUGAGGCCUAUCGUUUCUGUCAGCAUUACCCCGUGUGGCAACCUGAGCUGACAGAGGAUGACCGAAGGCAAGGAGAAAAAGCGGAAGCCGAAGAGAAUGCCCUGAUCGCCGAAAGAGAUCUACGUAUUUCGAUGUGCCGCAUGAUUGGAGUUCUCAUGCAGGUCAAAAGGGUUAUCAAAUCCGGCGUGGGACAACUUCGUGGCAGUCGUAUCCGGGACACCGAUGAUUUGCUGAUGGCCAUGUCUCCAGAGAAUGACGAGAAGAUCAACCGCUGUGAUGUGGCCGAUGCCAUUGUUGACCUGGGUGUUGCAAGCGACGAACAGGUGGAGGAAUUGGUGGCGCAGAUGGACACGGAGAACACGGGGCAGAUCGACCGGGAAGAACUGUUUGACGCCUUGAUAUCGCCCAAGAGCUCCGUGAAGCAGAUCUAUCGAAAGCUUCGCAACGGCAUCGCAAUGGAGAUGGCCGAUAGCUGGUUUUCGAGCGAUGCAGGAGAUCAGAGCGAGCCGACCUUAUUCGAGUCUUCGGAGGAAGCUGAUGAAAGGCCGCUGAUGCAGGCGCUGUCCCCCAGACGCAUGAGCUUGGCCUUGCCGGAGACGCCUGACAGCGUG